CCCUUCCCCUCUCCUUCCUGCUUCAUUAUGCCAUCCCAUGCUCCCAUCCUAACUCUGCACCAUGGUUGUAUGCCUACAGGAUGUCUUCCUGAUCUGCUUCUCCCUUGUCAGCCCAGCAUCUUACGAGAACGUCCGUGCUAAGUGGUUCCCUGAGGUGAGGCACCACUGCCCAAGCACUCCCAUCAUCCUCGUGGGCACAAAGCUGGAUCUCCGUGAUGACAAGGACACCAUUGAGAAGCUGAAGGAGAAGAAGCUAUCCCCCAUAACGUAUCCUCAGGGUCUUGCUCUGGCCAAGGAAAUAGACUCUGUGAAAUACCUCGAGUGCUCGGCUUUGACGCAGCGCGGGCUCAAGACGGUGUUUGACGAGGCCAUCCGAGCAGUGCUGUGCCCACAGCCCACCCGGACAAAGAAACGGGCAUGCAGCCUCCUCUAAGCACAUCCCAGACUCAUCCUGAUGCCAGCAGCUCCCCAGCACACAGGAGAGUGAUGGGUCCAGCAGCCUGGAGCUAAUUGGAGCGGUCAUUGCUUUUUACUUCUGCGAACUUGAAAGACUGCUGUGGGUCUGUAGCACCGGUUUGUCUGUUCACACAACGUCCCUGCUCUCGCCUCACCCGCCCACCUGCCCCUUCCCUUCCUUGCGGGCCCCUGGGGUUACAAUGUAGAGAAUGAGACCCAAUAAACUGUACAUUCUUGUCGUGUCA